UGUGACUACAGUGAUCCAAUUAAUCAACAUCCCUCACUAAACUCUUUAACUUUCACGGUUGGCGUCGUGAUAAAAGCAUUUGCAGUAACAUCUGGGAGGGAGCUCAUCCCCAAUCCGCGCAGCUGCAACAGGGCUGUCUGAGUUCAUAGUCCCCUGGCGGUAGCGGGCUGCUAUCUGCGGAUUUGUCGUUACAAACUUUCCAUCCUGAUUGAACCGAUGAUUUUUUUUUUCUGUUUUGGGUUUGCCCCAUGACCGCACACGUGUUUGUUAACCCCCCGCCCCAGCCAGCUCCCGCGGGCAGUGAAAACCGCCCACAGCCGCAAGAAGGGUAUUAGGGCAAGGGAGGCAGGUAAACUUUGGUGCCGCCUGUUUGGCCGAUCAAGCUGCUGCGCCCGCUGGCAGCCAGCCCGUGGAAAGAGCCGGUGCUGCUGCAGCAGCAUUACGAGGCGGCAGUCCCCGUGCGCAUCCCGCAGUAGCUGCGGGCGCAGCUUCCUCGCCAAGCGGGGCUGGACUGAAGCGGCCGGGCUCCAGCGGGCUCUGCUGCUGUUGCUCCCGCAGCCUCCGCCGCAGUAGGAGCCGCGGCCCGCGGGGGAGUGGAGGCGAGAGGAAAAGGAUGGAGCCGCGGGCUGCUGCUGGAGACAAGCCCAGCGAGCCCGAGCCUGCAGCUUCCUUCCAGGCCCGGCUCUGGAAGAACCUGCAGCUGGGCAGCAAAGCCAGGAGCGGCCGGUCCGGCGCCGAGCGCCGCACUGCAGAGCCCCAGCCCUCGGCCGCUGCUCCUGCGGGUGGCAGCAAGGGAGACCCGCUGCCCGGCGCUAGGUGGAGCGGCUUCAAGAGGCGGAAGCAGGUGCUGGACCGCGUCUUCUCCUCCUCCCAGCCCAACCUGUGCUGCUCCUCGGCCGAGCCGCUGGAGCCGGGCGGCGAGCCCGCCUCCGCCCUGCGCCGCCUCCGCGAGCACCUGCUCCACCAGGGCAAGGGGCAGCAGCCACCCGGCCGCCCUGACUGCCCUGCCGCCGCCUCCUCCUCCUCGCCGCUACCCCCCGCUGCCCCCGCCCCCGCGGACAAGGCAAGCGGGGAGGAGGGACGCCGGCCCGCGGCACACCUGUCCCACCAGAAGAGCUCCUCUCUGCCCGGCACCACCUGCCUGGAGCAGUUACUGCAGGACGAGCCCAGCGCCGAGCGCAGCGAGGACGAGGGAGCCGAGGGCAGCGCGAGAACAAAUACAAUUGGAACUAGUAAUGCAGAUUUUCCCUUGGCUGAUUCCGGAAUGUACCAGUUGGACAUUACAUUAAAAAGGGGUCAAAAUUUAGCAGCGCGGGAUCGUGGAGGGACCAGUGAUCCAUAUGUCAAGUUUAAAAUUGGAGGAAAAGAAGUGUUUAGAAGUAAAACUAUACACAAGAACCUCAAUCCUGUGUGGGAGGAAAAAGCUUGCAUUCUUAUUGAUCACACUAGGGAACCGUUGUAUAUAAAGGUCUUUGAUUAUGAUUUUGGAUUUCAGGAUGACUUUAUUGGCUCAGCUUUUAUGGAUCUCACGUCACUAGAAUUAAACAGGUCAACAGAUAUCACCUUGUCUUUGAAGGAUCCUCACUACCCUGACCAUGAUCUGGGUUCUAUAUUAUUAUCAGUUCUACUGACUCCCAAGGAAGGACAGAGAGAAGUGACCAUGCUAAGGAGGAAGAGUUGGAAAAGAUCAAGUAAGUUUCAGCCCCAGAGUUUACGCCUGUCAGACAUGCACAGAAAAUCUCAGCUCUGGAGAGGAAUAGUCAGUAUCACUUUGAUAGAGGGGUGUGAACUGAAGCCCAUGGAUGCAAAUGGAUUGAGUGAUCCCUAUGUGAAGUUCCGGCUGGGCCAUCAGAAGUACAAGAGUAAGAUUGUGCCAAAAACUUUAAAUCCUCAGUGGAGGGAGCAGUUUGACUUUCAUCUCUAUGAAGAGCGUGGUGGAAUUAUUGAUAUUACUGUGUGGGACAAAGAUGCUGGCAAAAGGGAUGAUUUUAUUGGCAGGUGUCAGGUUGACCUGUCGGUCCUGAGUAGAGAACAAACUCACAAGCUGGAGUUGCAGCUGGAGGAAGGAGAAGGAUGGUUGGUACUGCUGGUCACCCUGACAGCAUCAGCUGCCAUCAGUAUCUCUGACCUCUCUGUCAACUCCUUGGAGGACCAGAAAGAGCGAGAGGAAAUACUAAAGAGAUAUAGCACAAUGAGGAUGUUUCACAACAUGAAGGAUGUAGGAUUUCUGCAGGUGAAGGUCAUCAGAGCAGAAGCAUUGAUGGCAGCUGAUGUCACAGGUAAAAGUGACCCAUUUUGUGUAGUUGAGUUGAACAAUGACAGACUGCUGACGCAUACAGUCUACAAGAAUCUCAACCCUGAAUGGAACAAAGUCUUCACAUUCAAUAUUAAAGAUAUCCACUCAGUUCUUGAAGUGACAGUUUAUGACGAAGAUAGAGAUCGGAGUGCUGACUUUCUGGGCAAAGUUGCUAUACCAUUGCUGUCUAUUCAAAAUGGUGAACAGAAAGCCUACGUUCUGAAAAACAAGCAGCUGACAGGGCCAACAAAGGGGGUCAUCUAUCUUGAAAUAGAUGUGAUUUUUAAUGCUGUGAAAGCCAGCAUACGAACAUUAAUGCCCAAAGAACAGAAGUACAUUGAAGAGGAAAACAGACUGUCUAAACAGCUGCUGUUAAGGAACUUUAUCCGCAUGAAGCGUUGUGUCAUGGUGCUUAUAAAUGCUGCCUAUUAUGUUAACAGUUGCUUUGACUGGGAUUCACCCCAAAGGAGUCUGGCUGCUUUUGUGCUUUUUCUUUUUGUGGUUUGGAACUUUGAGCUCUACAUGAUUCCGCUUGCUUUUUUGUUACUAUUGGCAUGGAACUAUUUCUUGAUCCUAUCAGGGAAAGAUAACACGCAACAUGAUACAGUAGUGGAGGACAUGCUAGAGGACGAGGAAGAAGAGGAUGACAGAGAUGACAAGGAUAGUGAAAGAAAAGGAUUUAUGAAUAAACUCUAUGCCAUCCAGGAGGUGUGUGUCAGUGUCCAGAAUGUCCUUGAUGAAGUGGCUUCCUUUGGAGAAAGGAUAAAGAAUACAUUCAACUGGACUGUCCCAUUCUUAAGCUGGCUGGCAAUUGUUGCCCUCUGUAUGUUCACAGUCAUCCUGUAUUUCAUUCCACUGAGAUACAUUGUCCUUGUCUGGGGCAUCAGUAAAUUUACAAAGAAACUGCGCAGUCCAUACGCAAUUGAUAACAAUGAGAUACUUGACUUCCUUUCCAGAGUUCCCUCAGAUGUACAAGUGGUGCACUACCAGGAGCUGAAACAAGAUCCCAGUCACAGCCCAAAUAAGAGGAAGAGAAACAAUCCUGGCUAGCCAACUUCAUCUCCUGAGGAGUCUAGCAUCCGCUAAGGGAAGAUAAAAGGAAAAGCCCAAAGCCUAGGCAGCAUUUCCUUUCUCUAAGCUUUUUAUUUAUUUUGCCUUUUUAUCACAGUGGAGAGAAUUUGUAAAUAUUGUACAAAGACAUUUAUCAUUCAAAAUAUACUUAGCAUUGUACAGACAAAUUUGAUGAAGCCUUCAAAUAUGGGUUAUACUGUGGGGAAAGCCUGUGAUUCAUAACAUAACACAAUAAAAAUACCUAAUGUAAAAUAAGUGGUAGAUCUGUAAUAUUUUUUGAUAGUAGAAGGCACAUAAAACUAAAUUAAAUAUUCAAGUCAUGCUGAUUAAAUCUGAUUUGAAAAUGUAAGUGCAGUUUUAUUUGAACGUUAAUAUUUUUAUCCAAUAAGUUUCCAUUAGUUUUUUAUUUUUUAUACAUUUAAACGGAAAUACAAUGUAAUGGAACUUACUGCAUUUAAGUUUUAUCAAAGCUUUAGGCACUCUUGUUAACUUCUGCUGCAGUGUAUCCAGACUGACUUGGGCUACUUGUAAGCUAAUGAGAAAUACAAGUGCAAAUCUCUUACUAGAGCUCCAUUAAUUAAAGGGAUUCCAGACUUUUUUAUCAUUCCUUCACGAGACUUUAAAAUACAUACAUAUAUCUAAAAAUACUGCCAGGUUUGUAACUGACUACAUCUUUUUAUAUGUAUCACUAAUAUUAAUUUGUACUAACUAGUUUAGUGAAUGAAAUACAUAGUUCAGUUGUAAAGAAAAUAUUAUCAAACUAAAUCCAUAUUGCUUCAGGUUAUGAACACCAUUUGUGUACAUAAAGACUUAAGACUAAACUGUUAUAGAAAAUGUUUUUGCUUUCUAAUUACAAAGUCAUAUUAAAAUGCUUCAUGGCAUAUCAUAUUAUCUGUUUGGUGUGACAUACAGUAUAAGGGAAAAAUGCAGUGGUAAAAGUGAUAUACUAGUUUUAUUUCUUUAUUUCGUAAAGUAAUCAGUCCUUCUGAUACAGAUGUGCCCCACUGCCUGAAAGUCUAUUUUGUAAAUUAAAUGGCAUGCACACAAAAAUGAUUUACAUUUCAAAUGUUUUAAUAGCCAUUGUAUAAAUCAUGCAGAGAUAUGAGAUCUCUAUAUCUUAAUAUAUCUCUAUAUAUUAAGAGUUCUACACCUAAAGUAACUCCACACAUAGGAGUGUGCUAUCCACUACUAAGGGCCUACUUAUUUGACUCUUAGGCAAAAUUCUAUGUAACAUUACUAGGAGUAUUGACUGAGUAGGAACUGCAGGUUUGUGGCCAUGAGAAAUUCUCUGUGCCUUACUUUGUGGGGCACCUCGCUUGUGUUGUGAUUGCUGGGAAAGUUGUAUUGCACCUACGUAUUUGAAAAAGAUAUUUAGGAAGAGCGUGUGCAGGGAAAUGUAUAUAUGUGUCUAGCUCUCAUGAGCAGUGCAGUUAAUUAUUUAAUUUGGAAACUUAUUUUUGUUGUAAAGAUAUGUUGCUGAUUGCUGCUUCUUAUAAUAGAGCUAUUUUGAUAUUUUCUGUUUGUAUAACAUGCCUGAGAAUGUCACUCCUAUUACCUUUCUGUUAAAAGCCUUUGGCCUAAAUGUGCUCCAGUUAGAGCAAUCUAUUUUAAUGCACCCAUACCUAUCCUGUCACUGUUGGUUGCUGAAGAACAAUACACCAUUAAUGAACAACUCAA